UAUUCUGUUUAUUUCUAGCAAGGAAAAACUUCUUUGCAAAGACACGUUAGAUGGUUGAGUGGUUCAUCUCGGUGUUAAACUGAGACUCGACAUUCCUCAAUCAGGCUGAGGCGGCUAUAUAAACUGCCUCCUGGACUGAGGAGCGACACAAACCAGUUCCAGCUCUUUAUCUCCAGCGCAGAAGUUGUAAAGGGAAACUCCAGCCUCACCAUGAGUCGCAGCCCAGAGCGCAUCUCCUCGUACCGUAGGCAUUUUGAAGGCCUCGCCUCCUCAUCUUCUACCUGCCAUAUUCGUGUCUCGAGCCCGAGCCCACGCAGACGUGAAACCCGCCAUCGGUCUGCCAGCUAUAGCCGCAGCAUGCGAAGGGCUACAUCCGGCACCCGCAGUGCACGCCUCACCGGAAGUGUGAGUAUGAGUGCUCUGUGUGCUGGUAUGGGUCUCGGAGGUGCACUGGAUCUGGAAGCUGCUUCUGCUGCCAACCAGAACUAUCUAACCACACGCACAAGUGAGCGACAGGAGAUGAUCACCCUCAAUGACCGCCUGGCUGUCUACAUUGAAAAGGUGCGUACUCUGGAGCAGCAAAACAAACUGCUUGAGACUGAGAUUGAAGGCCUGAAGGGCCGCUAUGUGAAGCCCUCAGGCUUGCGUAUGAUGUAUGAGGAGCAGUUGAGAGAACUCAGAAGGGUCGCUGACCAGAUGAGAGCCCAGAGGGAUCUUUCCAUUGCUGCUAAGGAGGCCAUGACUGCGCAGCUGGAGAUGAUCAAGUCCAGGUAUGAGGAGGCACUGGAAGCCAGGAAAAAGGCAGAACAGGACAUUGAAGCUUUCAAGCCUGAUGUGGAUGCUGCCACUGCGGCCCGCAUUGCUCUGGAGAAACAGCUAGAGAACCUUGAGGUGGAGAUGGAGUUCCUUCAGAGGAUUCACAAACAGGAAAUCGAGGAACUGAUGGCUCAGAUUUAUGAAACUGUAUCUAAAGUCGAAGUGGCCUUCGCUCUUCCUGACCUUGCAUCUGCCCUCAAAGAGAUCCAGUCCCAGUACGACAGCAUCGCCGCCCGGAACCUACAGGAAAUGGAUGCCUGGUACAAGACCAAAUUCCAGGACUUGAACACGGCAUCAGCAAGACAUGUGGAAUCCGUACGGGGAAUUAGAGAAGAAGUUGUGGGCUACAAGAAGGAUAUUCAGAACAAACAGCGGGAGCUGGAUUCACUUAACAACAGGUAUGAGACUUUGCUGGCUCAGAUCCGUGACAACCAAGAGAAAUACAGAAAGGAGGAAGAAGAUUUACAGGCCCGUAUCGAGGCUCUGAAGCUGGAAAUGAAGACAGUGAAAGAGAAGAUCACUCUGCUGCUGAAAGAAUAUCAGGAUCUCCUCAAUGUGAAGAUGGCUCUUGAGAUCGAGAUCACCACCUACAGGAAGCUGAUCGAAGGCGAGGACUCCCGUUUGUCAACAAUGGUGCAAGGCAUGUCUCUGAUGAGUGCCAGCAUCUCUGCGAGUCUCAGCACCUCAGGGGUGAGGGUGAGUGGAGCUUUGGCUGAACCGGCUGGUGGAGCAGCUGCAGUGGCCUUCAAGCCAUCGCAGUCUUCUAACGGCAACCAGGAAACUAAGGAGGAAUUCUCUCACGAGCAGGCCGUAGAACUGACAGAGAGGAAGACCGUCCUCAUUAGAACAGUUAAGACAGACGAGGACGUCAUCCAGAAAGACACACAAGAGCGCACCAUCACCAUCUCCGGAGCAGCAGACGAGACAGAAGAGUAACCUGACCUCACACUAGAUCUCUCUCUACUAUAUGUUCAUUUCUUCCCUCCACUAGCCAUUCUUUAUUACAUCAUCAUCAGAUCUUUACAUUUCCGUAUCACCUUAGCUGAUUUUACACACAUACACAUUAUUCCUUUUCUAAUUGUUAGUGAUUGUUAGUAAAGAGGAGAAUGAGCUGUGUAUCAGAGAUGUGACACUGAUAUCGCAAAUAAAACUCACCUCAUGGUGCCGGUGUGUGAAGACUAAACCGCUAAUGCACUGUAUUCUAGCUUUUAACCUCUGUUGGCUCUGUUCAACCACAUGCCUGAAAUAAACAUGACUGCAAAGCA